AUGGCCAAGCUUGGACUUCGCUCCAUCUUCAUGCUCAUGGCGAUAAUCCUCCUGGCAGUGGGUCUGUACCAGAGGCUUUGGGUCGUGCAAAUGGACCUCAACCACGAGCGCCACAACAGGUUUCUUAACCAGCGCGAUUCCAUCCAGAUGACUGACUUGAUGCGCGAGAGGGAGCGCACGAUUCAGCUGCUUCUCCAGGAAAAGCUCAAGCUCGAUCAGCUCUUCUACAAACUCGGAUCUUCUCACUUUCACCAUGGCAUUCGGUGCGUGCUCGCGCGUUGGAAGCUUCUUAGAGGCCCGGGAUUUGUACGCGAGAUUUGCCAGUGGCAUCUGCGCGCUCGCAACGCUUUGAUUUACAUGUUUGCGGAGUGCGGGAGCCUGGACAAGGCCCGGGGCGUUUUCGAUGGGAUGGAUCGGGACUCUGUGAGCUGGAACACCAUCUUCACGGCCUAUGGAAACGAUGAGCUUACGCCCAAGCUGCGAGCGGUGGCUCGCAGGCCGUUUCUCUCUUUGAAAAGCUGGAUCUGGAGGGCUUCUCCCCUAGCCGGUCGAGAAGUUCACGCGCGGGUGAUUUCUAGCGGCGUGCGGCGGAACUAUAUCCUGGACAACGCGCUCCUCAGGUGCGGCAGCCUCCACGACGCGAAGAAGGUACGCUGCUUACGUAAUGGUGGCUGCUUACGCUCUCCAUGGCCGCCACCGCGAGGCCAUCUCGGUGUUCUACACCAUGGACGUGGAGCCGAACUCGGUGACUUUCACCAACGCCAUUGCUGCUUAGCUCGAUGCUGGAGAACUCGGAAGCUCCACUCACGGAUACAGUCCCGUCGCAUCAAGCUAGCUUGCGGCCGAGAACUUUCUAGUGAAGUUGUACGCAAGCUGCGGAAGCCCGAGAGCUCCUUCGAGCUGAUAAGCAGGAAGGACGCAUCGUCCUGGAACGCUUUGAUGGUGCCUUACAUCCAGCAAAAUGAGUGCUGCGGCGCCCUUGCUCUCGCGAAGAGACCUCGAAGGCAUCAAGCUGGACUCCGUCACCUUCGUUUACUUGAUCACGGCCAUCGCUGCUGCCGGCAGCUCCGGGUGUACGGCCAGGCGAAUCCACUCACGGGUUCUCGAGCGCUCCUGGCAGCCGGAGGCCAUGGUGGUGAUAGCAACGCCUUGAUCAACAUGUACGCCGCCAGAGUGUUCGAGGAGAUGCCGGUGAAGAACGACACGUCCUGGACGGCGCCCGAGCUCUCGCGCUCUACGAUGAAUGGAGCUCCACCAUGCGAUAUAACACUUAACGUGGUCCUGCUCGCUUGCAAUCACUCGGGUCUCCAGGAAGAAGCGUGGUAUCACUUUACUUAUACGUCGCGAGACUAUGGAGUGGAGCUGAAGAGAGUCCACUACCAUUGCAUGCUCGAUGUCCUUGCGCGGCAGGAUCUCUUGGAGGAGGCGUGCCAUUUGCUAACAACGAUGCCCUGCGAGGGUGGAAAUACCAGUUUUUUGCAUGGCGGCCUACGCGUAGCACCGCCGAGCUCUCGAGCUCUACCAUGGACCACGGUAACUCUUCCUUGUGCUCCUGCUCGCUUGCAACCACUCCGUGUCGUGGUAUCACAUCACUGCGAGACUACGCCGUGGAGCUGGAGAGAGUCACUACCAUUGCAUGCUCGACGUCCUUGCGCGACAGGGCCUCUUGGAUGA